AUGUCACGGCGGACUCCUCAAGUCUGCAAUGCGUUCGCUUCUGUAGGCCGCUGUAGAUUCGGCGAUCGUUGCAAGUUCGCCCACCAGUUGGGCCAACCAGCAGGUUCGACCUCGUCUCCAGUUCGGGCUCAAGCACCUACGCCUUCUCAACGUCCAAAACCUGGUCCAGCUCCUGGUGUUCCCCCUCGUGUAUGCAAUUUAUUCUGGACAUCAGGCAGCUGUGCACGAGGAUUCGAUUGCUCAUUCAAACACGAGCGAAAGCCGGUCGCCCCUGAAAGUCAGGAAGCGCCCGUGGUUGGAAAUGAACAAGAGGAAAUACAAGAUUUUUUCUCCGCAGAAGGCCUUGCUGUGAGCAACGGCUCUGUUCGGGAGGAGCGCAAUACUCUCACCCCGAGCGAAGCCCAUAACCAUAUCAAGGCUUUCUUGGGAGACAACUACGCAUUUGAUGGCGCUUCCAGAGUACAGGGAUUCGUCAGAAUUUUGGCCAGCAUAAAUGACCGUAACAAGUCCUGGAAUUCUGACAAUGCGCAGGCCUUCCUUGACAUGAUAGUCAAUGGAAAUGGGGUCAUACGGAUUGGAGAUGUUCUCCGAUUCGAGCCUGUUCACUCCAGUAUUGGGACGAAUAAGGGCAUAUUGUCAUUUCAACGGGGCUACUUUCCUGUUUUCGAGUAUUUUGCGUCCAAUCUAGUUCUUAAGAGCACCUUACAUAAAAACAUCAAUCAUCUUUAUACGGUCCUUGAGAACAACUAUGACACCAUUCAUGCUGUGAUAGAGAACUGUAUUGGUAGCAUGAUUGACGCUAAGUCUUGGAAGGAUCCAACUCCCGGAUUGAUCCCCUCCCUCCAGAACAGUCUUGAUGGCGUUGUCGUGUUCAAGACUCUGUCGACCGUUUUGCAUCAAUUCCUCAACCGGUUCAAGGACGCAGUGCGGAAUCACCCAGAUACCAUACGACUGGUCGGAAAACUAGUAGUGUGGUUCGAAAGCUGGGCAUCUGAUGUGACAGCGGUCCCUCCCUGCUUCAAUGAUCCGAUAACCAUGUCUCCGGAGAAUGUUCGCUCAUUGACCAUCCGCCAGCUUCGGGAUGAGAUCGUGCGGCUUGAGUCUAUUGUCGAGCGCGAGUCAGAAACUCUGGAGGGACGCCGGCGUCUUGUGUCUAAGCCAGCACUUACUAUUGCCGAGAGGAGACAAGCACUCCUUUCACAGCUUGCGCAGACAUAUGAUCCUCCAGGAAUUCUACGUGACGAGGGACCGCGGCACGACAACGACCAUGUGGACAUUUCCGCCAUACGGCUUGCUCCCACUCAUGAUGAACUUCUCUGUGCUGUUCCGCCAUAUUUGCCUGUAUUCCUUCCAGACGCGCCCCAUCAUCUACCUGUUGACUCUAUGGAACGGCAUCUUGACAUCCAGUUCCGAUUACUUAGAGAAGAACUCAUCGCAACUAUACGCUCUUCUGUGGCAGCUAUUCACGGUGACCUCGCGAUCAUGUGGCAAAAAUCUAAGAUGGCUAGAGAGCCGACGAAGCUUGAGGAGCUGCUGAAUAGUAAAGGCGGAGCGUACAGGACAAGCGGAUUUGAUUCCGUUUUCUUCCAAAUCUACACUGGCGCCCGUUUCUCCCCUGUUCGUGCCGAGCGGCGUGACCUCACUGUUGGCCUGGUUCUUGAUGCACCAAAUCACCGCACUGCAAGGGACUCGGACGCAAAAAAGCGUUACGAGUAUUGGUCCAAUAGUAAGCGGCUACAAGGCGGUAGCCUCGUUGCGCUUGUGCUUGUAUCUCACAAGACGUUACGAGCGUACCUUGGUGUCAUUUCUUCUUUCAGCGAAGAUAUUGCUGAAUCAUCCAAAGCCAAUGCAGAAGAGAUACAAGUGCGCAUGUCAUUUUUCGAUGCCGAGAUUGAAUUUAUGGCACUACGUCGCGAACGAAUCUCUGUCGACGACUCAACCUUUGCGUUUCUCAUCGACAACAGUGUUAUGUACGAAGCCGUCCGCCAUUUCCUCCAGAAACUGCAGACCACAGAACCUACGGAGAUUCCAUUUAGCCGGUACAUAUCUCAUAGCGGGUUGCUGGAAAACAUUGAAUUGCGCCCACCUCAAUAUGCAACAGCCCCACGUUUUGAAUUUAAUUUGAACUGUCUCAAUGCUGGUCGCGAGCUUGGCCGUGCUGGGCGGAUCCAGCCACUCAACAUCAAUCGCGCUGGAGCCGUCGAUAUCGCGCGUCGUGAACUCCUUGAGCUAAGCACGCUGGAUCCCAGUCAGAUCAAUGCAGUUCUCGACACAUUUACUCGAGAGGUGUCUUUGAUUCAAGGACCUCCCGGUACUGGAAAAAGUUUUACUGCGAAGGAAAUUUUGCGCGUGCUGUUCGCAAGCGGAAUUAGGCCGAUAGUCUUGAUCGCAUACACAAACCAUGCGUUGGAUCAUAUGCUGACUUCGGUUCUCGACGCAAAAAUUACUGAGAAGCUGGUGCGUCUCGGCUCCCGCUCGUCGGACGAACGCAUCGGACAGUACACGUUGGACAAGCUGGAACACGUGGCUGGAGGUACAUCAAUGCUGGAUCGACCUAUCAAGCGACAAUAUGCCAUUAUGAAGAAGCUGGAAGAGGAUAUGGCGAAGGUUAUGACGUCUAUUCAACUGCCAGAUAUCUCCUGGGAGCAGAUCGAAAACUUCCUUGACAUUCAUUAUCCAGAACACGCUGAAAGUAUCCUUACUCCGCCCUACUGGGUUAAUGCACUCUACGAGAGAGCGCGCAUUGAGGAGGAGGAGAACGGCGAGUGGACCACCACCGGUAAGAAACAAUCCAAUCCCAAUAUAACACGCACUCUGUACGGGUUUUGGCGAGACGGAGAGGAUAUAAAGUAUAUACAACCUCAGGUGCGUAAUCUGACGAAGAAGAAGAAACGUCUCCAACAGACACAAUUACCGGAAGCCAUCGUGGACCCUGCUGUUGCUGAAUUCUUCGCAUCUCUUGGUUUUGGUGAUGAAAGGCCCCCGGUUCCUGUCUCUACGCGUCCCAUUCAAGCGCUACUCCAAGCCUGCGCGGUUUGGUCUAUGUCCCUGGAGGAGCGGACGCGCCUUUCGAAGGAAUGGGAACAAAUUAUACGUCAGCUUGCGUAUAGCUCCAAUUUGCAGCAUUACGAAGGACUCCGUACUAGCUACCGGGACGCGUGCAAAGAAUACAAUGAUAUCAGAGAUGAGACCCGUCGCCGUCUCCUCAGUCAAUCAGAUUUAAUUGGGUGUACGACUACUGGCGCGGCCAAAUUGACCUCGCUUCUGAGUAACAUUUCGCCUCAAGUGUUGAUGGUGGAGGAGGCUGGUCAGGUGUUGGAAGCGCACAUUCUGACUUCACUUGUUCCUUCGGGUAAUCCAGAAUACGUCUUUUUUGUAUCCGCAGGACUCACUUCCCUUGUAGUAAAACACUUGAUUUGUAUAGGUGAUCCUCAACAAUUACGCCCCACACUGGCAACAUUUGCAUUGUCCAUGGAUAGCGAGCGAGGAAAGCAGCUAUUCAAGUUUGACAGAUCAAUGAUGGAGCGAUUAGCGGAAAGCGGCUUGCCCAUGUCGCAAAUCAACGUACAGCGCAGAAUGAGACCCUCUAUCUCACACUUCAUUCGUGAAAUCCUAUACCCCAAACUUGAGGAUAACGAGGCUGUCCUCGUCUACCCACCUGUGGUCGGUAUGCAAAAAGAUGUUUACUUCUUCAAUCACACGCACAAAGAGAAUGGAUCCGACGACUCUGUAUCAAAAUACAAUGACUUUGAGGUAGAAAUGAUCCGUGAUCUUGUCCUCUAUUUCUUGCGACAGGGGAUCUACAACGGGGCUGGAGAUAUUGCAGUUUUGUGUGCUUACCUUGGCCAAUUGCAGAAAGUUAGAGCAGCUCUUCGCGAUCUGAAGAUUGCCGUUUCUGUUGACGAAAGGGACCAAGAGCAACUUGCACGACAAGGUGUUGAUGAGGACGUUGGAUUUGAAGAAGUUAUUGUUGCGAAACACAUUCGUCUCGGAACUGUCGACAUCUUCCAAGGACAAGAGGCCAAAAUUGUGAUCGUGUCACUCGUUCGAAAUUCGGGCACGUUCGAAACUGGAACUGCAUCCAUUGGGUUUUUGAAGAGUUCGAAUCGGAUCAAUGUUGCCUUAUCUCGAGCCAAGCAUGGCCUAUACAUCCUGGGAAAUGCAGCGAAUCUCCGGAGGAACUCAACCUGGUCUACCAUUUUGGACGAAAUGGAAGCUCGAGAACAGAUUGGGCAUGGCCUUCCGAUAACUGCUCUCAAGACCAUCACUGCAAUUCUGAAUGCAAGGCUACCUGUCGUCAGCGUUGCGUCCAUUUUGAAUGCCCCAACACUUGCUCUCAACCCUGCUCUCCGUGUAUGGAACCAUGUGUAUGGACUUGCGCACACUAUACAUGUCCGGUCGUGUGCGGAUCGAUCUGUUCGAGGCUUCCAUGCGACGAACCAUGUACAUAUCAACUGCAGUGUGGCCAUCCUUGCCCCUCAGACUUGCGUAGUCUGUCUUGCCGAUGACAAGAAAGCAGAUAUUGUCGAUUUUAUAAUGCAGCGAUCCUUGGCCGAUAUUGAUCUCUCGUCAAAUGACACGAGUGAGCGCCUGAUCACUCUGGAAUGCGGGCACAUUUUCACAGUAGAGACGUUGGAUGGACAUUGCGGGAUGGCCACCUACUACGAUAUCGACAUGAUGGGACGAUUCACAUCUACGAAAGCACCACCUAUCAAUUAUCAGACGCCACCCACUUGCCCUACUUGCAGGGGACCGAUUGCCGCAUUGCGGUACGGACGUGUUACGAAGAGGGCAACACUUGAUAUUUUGGAGCAGAAUGUUGCGAGUAGCAUGUCGCGUGCUCUAGAGGACACGUCACCUGCUAUGGAACGUAUUUCUUCAACGAUCAAGGACUAUCAAGAGUCAGCGAAGGCAAUACCCAGCUGUGUCGAUGCAGACUUGGAGUGUGCUACACGAUCGGCGGAAGGGAAAUCUAACGAGCCUCUUGACCCGGCCCUUUUUGGAGCUGGCGCCAUGCAAACUGUUCACGGUUUCGCCAGAGAAGAGGCGUAUCAGUGGUACAAGAUUGUCAAACAGCUCGUGGUGACUUAUCGAUCAGUCGUGAAGGUUGCGAACACCCGGGGGGCUCAUGUCAAAGCGUACGAAGCUGCGCUGACGACGUUGUACCAUUUAGAGCUAGAGGAGAUCGCGAAGGAUCCUACACGUAUGACUGACACCCCCGAACCGGUCGCAUUUGAUGCAGUGAAUAUCAAGAUUGGACAACCGCCACACAAGGCCGAUACGCGGUUUCAGAUCGACGCGUACCUCUUGUCCCUCGAGCUGCGCUUCAUGCUGGCACAAAUAGGUACGAGUCGCAUCGAGGGUCUCCGCCUAACGUCCGAGGACGAAAAGGUGAUGCAACAUCGUCAAUUGUGGGUCACCUUUGUAGACUUCAUACUUGCUUCGUGCACCGCCGAUGCACAAAAGGCUCUUCUGAUGGCUCAAAGGUCAUCCGCUUCACGCCAAGCCGCUCGGUCAAUGCUCUAUAUCCUGCGUUCGCAGUUUGAACUGUUCCGCACUCAACUCAUAGAGGAGCGCGCUGAGUUGCAUAGAAUGGCAAACCUGACGGAAGUAACGAGACAGGCUUUAGCGAAUAAGAUAACGGAGCAGAAGACCCAGAUGUUAAACUUUGUCGAGAAGGCAGAAAGGGAGUACAUCCGCAGUCGCCCUUCAUCGACGCUACGGGCUCUAGUAGCAGAACGCAAAUGGUUCCAUGAAACCUGUCGCCACAAGGUGCAUCGAUGGAGGGACGACUGCGAUGAACUAACCAAGUUUGUACUCAACGACAAGAUUUAUCUUCCUCUCUCAUUACAGGAACGUGAAGAUAUAGUCAAGGCCUUCAAAUUUUGUGAGAGCUUUCUCCAUUUCACUGCGAAUAUUCAGUGA